UGCGGAGAUCUGCUCUGCCCAUCAUCUCGGGUGCCCGUUCUACGAUCUCCCCCAAGCGUCUGCCGAUCUUCCGGUCGUAUCGCUUUCCAUCCCAGCGAGCUCCCACCUACCCGCAAACCCCGCAUCCCAAUGGCAUCACGGAUCGUCGUCUCGAGUCUCCUGCGCCAGCCACUUGGGCGCACCACGACCAGCGCUGCCGGCCGUGUCUGCUGGUUUUAUCGGCAGCAUCAGCUCGGUCGUCUCGCAGUGACCAGUGCCGUUCAGCCGGCUCGGAUGCUGCCAAUGCUGCCAAUGCUGCCGAUGGUGUCCCAUCGACUCUUUGCCUCGGUCCCAGCAGGCGACGACGCCCACGUCAGGGCUGGACAGCCCGAAGAGGGCUCUGCAGACCCGAUCGUCAAACUGAAGCGACUCGGAAAGCAGGCGCUGGACUCGGGCAACUACGACGAAGCGGCGGCUCGCUACAACGAGGCUCUGGCGGCCUAUGUCGAGCGACACGGCACCCGGAGCCACACCGAUGUCUCGGCCACCCUGAUCAAUCUCGGCAACGUUGCCGACGCCGAUGGACGCUACGAGCAGGCCAUCCAGUUCUAUCACGAAUCAAUUCAGAUCAACCGCUCUCUCGCGGCCAUCGAGGAAGACAAGAAGGACGACCUGGAGCUCUUCGUCGCCACGGCCCAGACCAACACUGCGACCAUCCAUGCCGAACGUCUCCACACCCAGUUCGAGCAGGCCCUGGCUCUGCACCGCGAGGCCCUGGACACCUUUGUCCGGAUCCAUGGAACUCGCAACCACACCAAUGUUGCGCAAGUCACCCGAAGCAUCGGCCAUCUGUAUCUGCAGCAGCAGAAGCACGUCGAGGCACUGAAGCAGUACAAGGAGGCUCUUGGCUACUACCAGGCGGCGCACCAGUCCGCACCGCACGCCGACGUUGCCGAGACCCUUCGGAGCAUGGGCCUCGCAUGCCUGUAUGCCUUUGAGACGCAGGAGGCCAUGAAGUACUUCAAGGAGUCGAUGGACACCUAUACCGAGGUGCUGGCCUCGCGCGAGAAUCUGGAUGUUGCUCUGAACCUCUACCGCAUCGGCCAAUGCCAUCACGCCCUGUUUGAGUUUGAUGAAGCCAUCCGCUGCUACAAGGAGGCCCGGGACAUCCACAUUGCCGUCCACGGCACCCGCUACCACCUCGAUGUCGGGAACGACCUCUACUUUAUGGCCGCCGCCGUGGAUCAGCACGGCUCCGAGGGCGAGGCCGAGGCCACAUCGCUCUACCGCGAGGCCCUGGAGAUUUACCAAAAGUGCCCCGACACCGAUCCUCGCUUGGUCGAGUCGAUCAAGGCCAUCAUCCAGGAGGCCUGAGCGAGAAGCAAUACACCGGGUUCUAUGGA